AUGGAGAUCAACUGUUUACACGACAAUCCGCGUGCCGCGAAACAGAUUGAUAAUGCACCCGCGAGUUCACUAAGAUUAAUGCAUGAAGUAAUAUUUGAUGUUGUUGCGCCGCGAAUGAAACAUAAAUUUGUACGCACUUUUUCGGGUUUUGGUUUCACCAAAAACUCAAAAAAGUAUGAACAUUUAGGAAGGAGAAUUUACGAGAAAUUCUCAGUAAAGCAGUUAACAACCGCGUGCAAUAUGUUAGAUAUUGACGACAGUGGUAAGAAAGACGAGAUGUGGGAUCGCGUGUGUGAAGUGCUCAGAGACUUGAACAACUUAAAGAAGCACCAGCUACCCGACGAUGAUUCAAACGACGAGGACGACGACGGCGAUGAAGAAGACGACUACGACGACGACGGCGAUGAAGAAGACGACUACGACGACGACGGCGAUGAAGAAGACGACUACGACGACGACGGCGAUGAAGAAGACGACUACGACGACGACGGCGAUGAAGACGACUACGACGACGACGAAGACGACAACGACGACGACGACGACGACGACGAGAACGACAACGACGUGAAUUUACAACACUUAAGACGAAAAAUGCUUCAUUCUUGUGAUCGAAAAAAUUUGGAUAACCGUGCUAAAGUUAAAGACGACGAAAUACCAAGAGGAAGCCAAAGGCGUAAGAAGUGCAGCUCCCAACUCUGCAAGGAGAAGAAGAAAUCGAGAAGACGAUACGAGGACGAGGAUGAAUUCUAA